UCAGUGUCAGAUACAUCAUUCAAUCUUAAUCAUGUGGCAUUUAUUAAUAUUAUUAUGGUUCUCCUUUGUGCUGUCAGUGGAUGCCCAAGUGGGUUCUGGAUACUUAGACUGGAAACAAUUUGAAAAGGAGCACGCGCCCCACUACUUCGAUCGGAUCGAGUAUACCACUUAUUACCAUCAGCUCGUAAAACCACGUAUGAAACCAAAAAGACCGGCAGACCUCACGCCGGAUUGGAAGAUUGACGAAAUGCCCCCAGAGCCAUAUUCGCAGAGUUUCUACCAAGAAUUUGAGAGACCAUAUAAGUUGCAGCCGUUCACUAUGAGCGCUGCAUUUUGGGACGCGUCCGUUGACAACUUUGUAAGUAUGUUCCUGGACCAGAGAUAUAAUAGAUACAGCAAAUAUCACGAUUUGUAUUGA